AAGCCGGAUCCUGACUGUGCCAGCGGAUCCGCUGUGAGCUCUGCCAAGGCUAGGGGGGAGCUUUCGCUCGCUCUGCAGCAAAGACGGAGUCUCCCCGCCCGCUGCUGCAGAGGGGCGGUGCAGACACCCCCGGAGGUGCCAAGGGAGCUAGCGGAGCAGACACCCCGGAGCUGGCGGGGGGCCGGGUGCCAGAUCCCCUCUCCGGACUGUUGGGGGAGCAGCGCGGCGCCCUGCUGCCACGGGCAUGUGCCCGUCGUCGUAGGUGGGGAGCGCGCCCCUGGUAUGCGGGGUGAUGGAUUUCCAGGCUGUCACUUUACUCUGCUGCUGCUUCUUUCCCCUCAUCCUGCCCGUUACCCCAGAUGUUGUUUGUAAAUCUGGCUGCCACCCAGUGAAUGGAUUUUGUGAAAGUCCUAAUGAAUGCAGGUGUCAACCUGGGUGGCAAGGAGCUCUCUGUUAUCAGUGUGUUCCUUUUCCUGGUUGUGUGCAUGGCAGCUGUGCCAAACCAUGGCAAUGUGUCUGUGAAGAAGGAUGGGUUGGCAGCCUUUGUGACAUAGAUAUUCACCCAUGUUCUUCAAAACCCUGCACCAAUAAUUCAACAUGCAUAGAGACUGGAGAUGGAGGAUAUAUUUGUUUGUGUGCCAAGGGAUUUACAGGAAAAAACUGCCAUCUGAAAAAAGGGCCCUGCAUUAUUAAUGGCUCUCCUUGUCAGAAUGGGGGAACAUGUGUUGAUGACAAUGGAUUUGCGCCUCAUGCCUCCUGUUCGUGCCUUCCGAGUUUUGCUGGCAAUUUUUGCGAAAUAGAUGUCGAUGACUGUGAACCUAACCCAUGUGAAAAUGGAGGAACGUGCACGGAUAUUGGUGGAGGUUUCAACUGUCAUUGCCCUAUUGGCUAUAUGGGCAAAUCCUGCAGCAGCCGUGUCAUAUUCUGUGCUAGCAGCCCAUGUGAGAAUGGAGGAACAUGUCAUGAGCAUCCUGAAGGAGGAUUUGAAUGCGUAUGUAAGCCGGAAUUUGUUGGUGUAACCUGCACAUAUCUCAGCAGAAACACAAGUCUCCAUGGUGUGAAUACAGAGGCCAAACACGGGCACAGUUAUAAUCUACCCCCAAAUGCUCGUCCGAAGUCAGUGUCUCACCAAGAACAUAAAGUCUUGAAGAUAACAAUGAAAGAAACAAUCCAAAACACAGACCCCUUGCUUAAUAAAAGUCAGGUCAUAUGUUUCAUUGUUCUGGGCUUGCUUACAUGUCUUGUUGUGUUGGGUACAACUGCGAUUGUAUUUUUUUCCAAAUGUGAAAUGUGGCUUGCUAAUGCCAAAUAUAGCCAUCUACUACGCAAGAAAAAGAAUUGUUUUCUUCAGUCUAACAAUGGGGAAAACCUUUCAGUUAACAUAAUUUUCCCAGAGAAGAUCAAACUCACUAACUACACCAAGAACUAUACCGCCAUCUAGACUCCUUGAAAGCCUUGCAGCAACUUCUAGAGUUUUGUAGCAAUAUGUAAAGUUUUUUGAACUUGUUACCUGUGCCUGGCUUUGAUGUUUUGUACAUACAUUUGCUGUAAUUUGUGCUGGGAAGUACAGAAGAAAUAUGUUGUAUCUGUGUUGCCAAGUGAAUUUCUCAUUCCCAAAAUAAAACUUUAACAUAAUCAGA